CAAAACAAUCAAACAAACACAAACAAACAAGAAAAGAGUAUGAUAAUAACGAAAUUAGUGAGGUUAAUCUCAAAAAAAAAAAAAAAAAAAAAAAAUUGUUCAAACAAAUUAGUAAUAUCCAGAUCAUAAUAAUAUAAUUGGUCUUUAUCAGACCAUAAUUUGUCUAGCUUCAUUUUAAAUUGAUUCACUGUGUUACAUGACACUGUGUCCUCAGGUAAAGAAUUCCAUAAAGUCACUACACGAUUCGUGAAUGAGAACUUUCGCAAAUCCAGGUUACAGCUUCUUUUAAAAAGUGCUUUAUCGUGUCCUCUGGUGUUAGACAAUUUUGGCAAUAACAAGUUCUCAGUAACAGCUUCGUCAUAAACAUUAUUAGUUAUCUUGAAUGUCUCAAUCAUAUCUGCUCGAUAUCUUCUGUAGAAUAAUGAGGGAAGUUUCAGUAACCUGAGCCUUUCAUCAUAUGUUAAAUCCUUCAUACCUGGGAGCAUUUUUGUAGAUCUACGUUGUACGUUUUCCACAAUCAACAUGUCCUUUUUCAAGAAUGUACACCAUACUGUGUUGGCAUACUCAAUAUGUGGUCUGACAAGGGAUGUAAACAACAAGACAAAGUUUUCAUUAUCCAUAUAGUCAAAUGUCCUUCGAAUCAAGCCCAUAAUCUGAUUUGCUUUUUUAACCUUUGAUGAAAUGUGGUUUGAAAAUGUUAGAUGGUCAUCUAUUAAUACACCAAGAUCUUCUUCACAACUUGUAUUUCUAAGGGCGGAACCAUUCAUAACGUAAUUGCAUGGACUUGAUAGUCUAUUUUUUGUAGUUAUUCUCAUUGCAACACAUUUAUCUGAAUGAAAUUUCAACAGGGUAUUAUUAGACCACUGCACUAUACUAUUUAGAUCUUCUUGUAGUUUGCGAGAGUCCUCACUCGAAAAUAUUUCACGAAAUAAUUUAUUAUCAUCAGCAAAUAAGAAUAUAUCCGAGUAUUGAACUUCCUGUAUUAUGGUAUUGAUGUAAAUCACAAACAAAAUUGGUCCUAACACAGAUCCCUGUGGAACCCCACUAAUCACUUCAGCCCAGUUAAAUAAUUCAAACGUUCUGAAAACGCUGUUUUCAGUUGUUUUUGAACCAAGACGACAUUAUUUAAUCAGCAUUAGUAUACAGUACCGUCUUUACUUGGUCAGUUAAUAUGGAACAAUUGGUGGGAAAAAAAUGAUGUGAAGCAGUUUCACAGUUGGCGAGAAUUAAACUUAAAAUAACAUGGAUCUACCAAAUUACGUGAUUCAGGAUAAACAAGCUCGAUUUCUUAUUAUGAGAAACUUUUACGAAGAAGUUAUGAGCAAAUUGUUAAAAAGAUUUUUGAUGGUAUUGCAUUUUAGAGCAACUGGGGAUGUAUUAGAAGAAAAUUGCGACAUUCUAUUAAAGAUCCUGCCACAUCUGCCAAGAAAGCACAUACUGAAGAAAGAAGAUAAGUAUAGGGAAAAUCUCUUUAUACAAUCAAAAAGAGACUUAACUCCCAAACCAAAUUUAGAUGUGUCAAAAUUUGCCUUUACUAUGUCCUUUGCUUGUUUAACAGAGAUUGAAGGUCUCCCUUCAUGGAAGAAUCACAACUUUUGUAUCUUUUGUGAGUCAAAUUGUAAGAAUAUCCUGCUAGGGAACGCAGAAAAAAAAGACUGCAAUGACUGUGGAUUUUGUAGGACAUUAUCAAAUUGUCUUUCGCACAUUCUUACAGAGAGCUUGAAUACUGGGAGGAAAACCAGAAAUAUAGGAGCACACACAUCACAAUUCUCAGCUAUCAGCCCUAACAUACAGCAAAAUAUUAGGGCCUUAACUGCUUUAUAUGAAUACUUGCACACAAAUGGAAAUUGGAGAAACUUUGAGAAAACCUGGAUAAACCAUGAAGCGUUUUUUGAAAUUAGAGAAGAUAUCAGGUUGAUUGAAAAAUGUUCAAUAACAUUUUUGCUAGAAAAAUUUAAAGAAAGAGUUAGAAUUUUAGAAGAUGUUUUCGCUAUUAAAGAAAAGAUGGAUAAAAUAUUGUCUAAGAUGAAUAAAUCAACCUUGAGAAUUUCAAUUCAAUUAUCCAUCAGCAAGUUAGCAGUGGUGGAAAUAGCCGACUUAGGAAGUUUUCUCAAGAACGCUAAAUUAAAAGGAUUGAAUUCAAGGAUGAGGAUGACUAUAGAGAAGGUGGUGAAUAAAUCGUUAGCACAACUGAGCGACGAAUUUAAGUUUGAUGUACGUAUAUGUGGGUUGAAAAAAGUAGCAUGUGAAGAGGAGUUUGAACAAUUUGAAGCGGAGAUUAAGUUUACUUCACCAGAUUCCAAUGCUUUUGAGUUUUAUCAAUGUGAUACGCAUCCAAAAUCGAAGAUCUUACAAGCCGAACUUGAGAAAGCAAUGUUUGCAGAGUUGGAAAGUAAAUUUAGUAACAUUACUGAUAUAAACCUAACAGAACUUACAUUAGGGUUUACGUUUUGGGAUACUGGUUCACUUCAUAUCAUGUUUUCCUUGGUAAAAAACGAUCGUAGUUCAUUCAACAAACGCGAAAUACAAAUACUUAAUACUUCCUUCAAAGAUAUGAUCAGCUCUAAACAUGAGUUUUUUAAGGAAAUAUUUGGAGAAAAUGUUCAGGUGUCAGCAGACACAAGUCCUUCGUGUACUAAAAUUGAAACAUUGAACGGCCAGUUGGAGGUCAAAAUCCUUACAGAGGAUGGUUACUAUCAUUCGAAUGUGUUUGUGAGGAUGUUAAAGCGCAGUGUAGAAACAUUGUUGACACAAGAACUUCAAUUAGAAAAAUGUAGCAAGAUAAAUAAAAACUUAGCCACGAUGUUGUAUUCAGUAGAACAGUUUGUCAACUCACAUUCUCAAACAUUAUCUAACGUAGUUGAUAUUGCACGAAUAGGAUCAGUCCACGCAUUUAUUGCAGAAACGCUGCCAUGGUUUGUGCUAACAAUAGAUGUUGACCAAGGAAAUCCAAAAAUUGAUUGUGUUGACGAAGAGAUUGAUAAAUACAAGAAACCAAGGGAAAGGAGUCGUGGAAUGGCCAAUAUGAAGGAAAGCAAAGUACCUACCAAAACUGAUUGGAGAAUUUUAUGUGGAGCAUUGCUCUCUGAAGUAAAAAAUUAUUUGCGAUCUUUACUUCACCAUCCUGCGAGCGGAAACUUUCCUAAAGAUGGUGGAAAGUUAUAUAAAACAAUACUGGAACUAUAUCUAAACGGAGAGUUGGAUGAUCUUCCAAUAUAUUGGCGAACACUGAUUUUACCAGAAAAUGGAAUUUCAGAUUCCGAGAUCUUUAAUUUGCACACGUUACGUUAUUUACUUUUGAAAAGCAAUAUUUUGAAACCAGACGCAGUUGGUGCAAUUAACAAUUUGUGUGUCAUGAUGAAUGGAAUCAAAUAUUUUUCAAAUGUUGUUCCUUAUUAUGUCAUGUUAAAUGUUGUAGACCAGAUAAAGUUUGGCCUUUCCACACUUGGGUGUGCAAAAGAAAGCAUGAAGGUGGUAGAGCAUUUGUGUACAUUAUUCGAAGAUAUUACACUCUCGGAACACGAAUUGUCCACAUAUAAAUAUGAAAUGCACUAUUUUGAUUGCGAAUGUCAAGCUGAGUUAAUAUUUAAAGUAAAAGAAUGUUUGCGAUGUUUAUUUCACGAUCCUGCAUAUGGAGAUUUUCCAAGAGACGGAAAAAAACUACAUCAAGUUAUGGAAGAGUGGCAACAACAAGGAAAGUUAAAAGACUUGGAGAAAAAUCUUUUUUCUCUUCUUUUGCCUGAUAGCAAAAUAACGGAUUCCGAAACCUUUGAUAUACAUCUACUCGGCUAUUUUCUUUGCACAAACAUAAAAGAUGAAAAGCGUAAAAUAUUUGACGAAAUAUUGCAUUUAACAAAUCAAUUUAUACGAUAUGACAAAAUCUGGUUAAAGUUGGAUAUCCUUUCGAAAAUCUGGUGGAAAGUCAGUCCCUCUGCUUGGCGUUUUGAUGUGUUUUACGGAAACAAAGAAAAUGAUUUACAUAAAUUUGUUAAAUUUUUGCCUGGCAUAAUUGAUGCCAGGCAUCGUUUGCCGAAAGAAUAUACAUUUCAAAGCAUAAUAGAUUACAAGAAGGCUAGCACUGACGAAGAGAAAAUAUUUUAGUAAACCGAAAUUUUGCCAUAAUGAACAUCUACACAUUUAGAUGUUUUCCGUAUUUAUUUAUAUAUGCUUACAGAGACGUUACUAGAAUUAGCUUUCGCACCCAUCCUUUAAAAUUAAUUCGUUUUACUAUUUCUCUUAGUUAUAAACCUUUCUUCCUUGCUGCUUGCGGUAAUUUCUGUUAUAAUAGCUGUAUUUUGUGUGUUCAAAAUGGUUGCGCGCAGCUUUUUUCGGAAAAUUAGCGCAGGGCCCGAUUUUUACGGACCUCCGUUUUUAGGUUGAACGCAGGUUAAUUUCGGAAUAACUUCGGAAUCACGCCAGAACCGGAUAAACAACGGAAACAUGUUUGGAGGCCAUUUUUGGUGAUGUUGUGAGGUUUGUAGGUCUCCUUUCGAUAUUUUUCUCUCUAAAUACUUUGUAUCUAUAGGAAUAUUUAAUUUUUGUGUGUUGUCACAUGUUAAGGUGAAUAUUUCAUCACGUUUUCUACCCAUGUAUAAAUCUUAAGCAAAUCAAUUUUAAGUUUUUAGCUAUCUAAAAACGUAGAUUGUCAGGCAGCAUUCUGCUUUAAGGGAGCUAGCUAUAGCUAUCUAUUAUUUUAAAGUUUUUAUUCAGUUUGGUAUAUUGCUAUUUGUUUUUAUGUUGAAGUUGGGUCUACCUAGCCAGAUUCUUUUUUAGCUGCCUAGCUACCUCUGACUAAAAAGUGAAAGUAGCCAAAUGCAGUUUUUACCUAUCUAAAACAAAAUUCUUAUGCUAAAUGCAGUUAGGUUGCUUCACCUUUUAUUAGUGUCAUGACUUUAUUCUGCAAAAUUAAAUGGCGGAGUGAUACUUUUAACUGGACGGAUAACGACAAACUGUUUCUUGUGUUUUUAUUUAACCCGAAGUUGCGAUAAACGUUUUUUAGAAAAGGGUCCUAUGCCAAAUGCCCAUUCAACUCUGUUUAA